GCAUACAUUCCUACACUUUCGAUUGUUGGCGUUUAUAUAAAAAUGGAAGAAAAACCUCCUGUUCAUCAACGAGUGCACCUCAUUUCAAAAGAACCGAAAUAUGGUCCGAAAUGUGAUAAACCUCGAAUCUCUUUUUGGUGGUGCUUUACCAUUGAACAUCUGGAAAAGACGAGAAUUCUACAUAGGUCACCCAAACUUGUGAUGGAUCAACUUCGAAUUGGGUGA